CAGAGUGAAUAUGUGUGUGGUAUCAAUUGGUCUGAAAAUGUGCUUGACAACGAUUUUUAUUAUUAGUGCCUCUAUCCUGACAUUGAAAACGGAUGCAGCCAGAAUUUUGGCGAUCUUUCCAUUCCCAGCCCAUAGCCAUCAGUUGGUUAACCAUCUAUUAACAGUUGACCUAGCUAAGCGUGGACACGAACUGACUGUCUUUACAGCGAAUCCAAUGGAUACAAAUAUCCCCAAUUAUACGGAACACUCGUUAAAUCAUUUCUACCCGCUCAUUCGUACACGCUUGAACUACGUAGAAAAAGGAGAACAAGGAUUUUCGCACCAUUUCAGAACGUUUUACGAAUUAACUCGAAUAAUAGCUGAUGAUGUACUGUCAAAUUUAUACAUGAAGGGAUACAUAUCACCAAACUCGACGAAAAACUUUGAUCUGAUAAUUAUAGCGUCUUUUUAUAUGGAUUCACUCUAUUAUCUUUCUGAUUUACUGGAUGCACCUUUGAUUGUCAUUACUUCAUUACCAGGAUUCGCAUCGCACUACUUUGAAAUGGGAAUCCCUACACUCCCCGCAUGUUUUCCCGACGUCACAUUGGCUUACGCUGGAAAAAUGAAUUUCUGGCAGAGAAUUAAUAAUUUAUUUCACAUAAUCCAUCAAUAUUAUGGCUACCACUAUGGAUCAUCAUCGCUACAAGAAGGAGUUCUCAGAAAACAUUUUGGUGAUAAUGUUCCACGGAUUGAAGAUCUCAGACUUCGAAUUAGCAUUAUGUUCCUCAAUACACAUCCACUCCUGCAUUAUCCUCGCCCAAUGAACCCCAAUGUUGUGCAAAUCGGUGGAUUUAGAAUGGGAAUGAUGAACAAGACUCUACCACAAGAAUUAAAAAUUAUCUUGGAUGAUGCUAAGCAGGGAUUCAUAUAUUUCAGCCUUGGAUCGACCAUAAAUAGUAGUCAGGUGAAACCGGCAAUUUUGGAGAGAAUCAUCGGAGCUUUUUCUGAGAUGCCUUAUCUUAUUGUGUGGAAAUUCGAUGGAGAUUCUCUUCCACACAAACCGAGCAAUGUACUCAUUCAGAAAUGGAUUCCGCAACAUGGAGUGCUAGCUCACCCAAAUAUUAAAUUAUUCAUUUAUCAAGGAGGCCUGCAGAGUAGUGAAGAGGCAAUUGAAUGUGGUGUACCACUUCUAGGUAUCCCAGUUUUUGUCGAUCAACAUUUCAAUGUCGAAGCAUGGAAACAAAGAGGAAUUGCCGAAUCGUUGAAUUUGUAUACGAUGACUAAAGACGAGAUUAUAGAUGAAGCUCAUAAAGUUAUAUCAAAUCCAAAAUAUAAAGAAAAUAUUAAAAAACUAUGGACUAUAUUUCGCGACAGACCUCAACAUCCACUAGACGAAGCCAUCUGGUGGAGUGAAUACGUGAUAAGACACAAAGGCGCUCCCUAUCUUCAACCAACCAGGCUACCUUGGUACAAACAUCACAUGGUUGAUAUCUAUGUUUUCUUCGUUAUGGUAUUCCUAGUUCUAUCGUAUCUUCUAAGAAAAUUAAUACAAUUUGUAAUCAUUAGAACUCGAAUUCAGUUAAGUUCAAUUUCUAAGAAAGUCUUAAUGAAUUCUCUGAUGCGAGAAAAAGAGAAAAAUUCCUGAUUAGAUCAAGCGUUUGAAUUUUGCAUGGAGCUCAUUCCGUCUUUCGAGUUCAAAAUGUUUAGUAACGACCCAGCAGCGGCCGUUUUCUCUCAUACCAUGUUAGCUCUUAGAGUUCCUUCUGCAUCGUGUUAUUUCUGAGUUCAUUUUCUUUAGUUGAGUUUUUUUCUUGCUCUUUAUAUGAAUAAUAUGUAUUCUGAUUUCUAAUCGAAAUAAUAUUUUUUUACAUACUGUACAAUAAGAGAUUCACGUAGAAUGCCAAGCAAGAGCCAGUUAUCGGGCGUUUAAAGUUUGAACUAGAGGUAAACAUGAAUCAAGAUAAAUUUUCGGGGUAAAUCAUAUGUGUGAGGAUGCGAGAAAAUGAAAAAAGUCUACUUUGCCAAUUCUAGUUAUUGAGAUAUUCAUGUUUAUCUGUUAAGGAGUUCCAUGUAAGCCAAUGUGAACGUGUUUUUUUGAUCGUCACUAACAUCAUGCUUUUCUAAGCAAUUCGAAUCACUUGUAGCUGAAAAAAUAUGAAAUGUCGCUGAGAGUCUCAGGAUGUACAUAACUCUAAUUGACAAAGUCAGCCCUUUUCAUGUGGAUGGGUAGGGAAGGGUGUGCCUGUGCCGUUCACCUAAGGGAGAAUGUCAAUUUUACAUCCUAACUUCAACACAGAAUCCAAACAAUCAUUUUAAUAUCCUCUUUCACUACCCAACGAGUUAUUUCUCACGCACAAAAAUCUAACUUUUGUCAGAAUUUACAAAAUUAAUAAAGAACUGUCGUGAGACCCGAUCGAAUGAUAUUAUCCGACGUCGGGUAAUAACGCUCGGCACAAUUCCUAUAUCGCUCACUCAGUUGCUUAUAUCAUUGGCGCUGCAACCUAACCUAGAACCAGUUACUGUGAAUUUACAAACACCAACGCUGAAGUGAAAUGAAUUUAAAAAAUGCUUAAAUGUACUCCUCAAAAUUAGAAAAUGGAAUUAAUUAAAAAAUUUGAUAUUUGCUAUGGGAUACUUUAAAUUUUAAGAUUAUUUUUCUGUUAGUUAUUCAAGUGGAUUCGACUGGUUUCAAAGGGAAUAAGUGUCCUAAUUCGUUACUCGGGUAGAAAUCUCUUCACUCAAUCCCCGCUUGUU